UCCAGUCGGAGUAGUCGUGCGGGUUCAAAGACUAGUUUCAGCUAACAUUGUGCGCAACAGUGUUUUAGCUAUCCAUGCUGUUAACGCUAGCUUAGUGGGAUGAGUUCUUGGAAGCAGCUAACGCUAUCUUAAAUCAAACGCCAGGCAGCUACAUGUUCGGAUUUUCCUCUUUGUUAAAAUAUGAAAUUGGAAGACCUCAGUUUGGAUGAGUUCCUGCUGUCAGCUUUAGACUCUGCGGGUGAAGAUGACGAAGAAGAGACUCAAAAACAGAAUGGACUCAAUAAAAACAAAUCAGCAGCCUUUACGACAGAUGAUGACAAGAAAGGUAAGGCCUCUCAGCACAAGGAGCAGCUGUCCAGGUUAAAGAACAAAGACCCAGAGUUCUACAAGUUUCUGCAAGCAAACGACCAAACGCUGCUAAACUUUGAUGACACAGACAGCUCUGAGGACGAGGAUGAGAAGAAGUAUCACAAAUUGCCCUCCGCACUGGAGGAGGCCGGCUCUGGUGACGAUGACGACGCCGACGAAGAAGAAGAUGAUGAUGAUGAUGAUGAAGAGGGUUCGAAAGCUUCGAAGAAAUCCAAGAAGGCAGUGGAGAUAAUCAAAGUCACAGACAAAAUGAUUGAAGAGUGGAAAGCUGCGAUGAAGGAGGAACCCACAACGCGACUCUUCAGAGAAGUCACCCAGGCCUUUAAAGCUGCCGUGGCUACAACCAAGGGCGAAGGAGGGGCUCAGUGUCGCUACAAAGUGGCCGACAGUUCAGUGUUCAACGCCCUGGUCCUAUUCUGUAUCAGAGAUGUCUACGUAGCCCUGCAGAGGAUGCUCAACCUGAAACCAGAUAAAGACCAGAAAAAGCUAGUGCUCCCAUCGUCUAGUCCAAAGUGGCAGAAGAAUCAGGUCGACAUCAAGAUGUAUCUCGGUGGAGUAGUUCAGCUGUUAUCCUGUCUGACAGAGGCCACAGUCAUCAGCGCUGUCCUGCGACACGCCAACCAGCUUACACCUUAUUACCUUUGUCUACCCAAACAGUGUCGUCACCUAAUUAAGCAACUGAUGAAGCAGUGGAGCACCGGGGAGGAGACGAGUCGGGUUCUCGCCUUCCUGGCCCUCAACAAAAUCUGCAGACACAAGCAGGAAACGUAUCUUAACCCUAUUCUCAAGCAAAUGUACAUUUCCUACGUACAAAACUGUAAGUUCACAUCUCCCAAUGUGCUGCCCAUGAUCAACUUCAUGCAGCGAACUCUAACAGAGAUGUACUCCCUGGACACACAAGUCACCUACCAGCACGCCUUCAUCUACAUCCGACAGCUGGCCAUCCACCUCAGGAACGCCAUGACCAUGAAGAAAAAGGAAACGUACCAGUCGGUGUAUAACUGGCAGUAUAUCCACUGUCUGUCCCUCUGGUGUCGGGUCCUCAGCAUCUUGCAUCCCAGUGAUGUACUCCAGCCGCUCAUCUACCCACUCUGCCAAGUCAUAAUCGGCACCGUGAAACUAGUGCCCACAUCACGGUACUACCCUCUGAGGAUGCACUGUUGCAAAGACCUCACCCUGCUGUCCAGCAGGACCAACACAUUUGUACCCGUGCUGCCUUUCCUCUUGGAGAUCAUCCAACAGGUGGACUUCAACAAGAAACCAGGGCGAAUGAGCAAAAAACCCAUCAACUUUGCAGUCAUCCUGAAGCUUAGCAAGGUCAACCUAAUAGAGAAAGCCUAUAAGGAUGGGUUGAUUGACCAGCUGUAUGACCUGAUACUGGAAUACUUCCACACUCAGGCCAGCUCCAUCGGCUUCCCAGAGCUCGCCCUGCCCACCGUCAUUCAGCUGAAAGCGUUCCUGAAGGAAUGCAAAGUGGCCAAUUACUGCAAGCCAGUGCGCCAGCUGCUGGAAAAGGUACAGGAGAACAGCAGCCACAUCACAGGACGGAGACAGAAGGCCGCCUUCGGAGUGGCCGAUGCCACCGCUGUGGCGGCCUGGGAGAAGCAGAUGAAGGAGGAGGGCACUCCCCUCACUAGGUACUACAGCCAGUGGAAGAAGCUGAGGGUGAAGGAGAUCCAGCUGGAGAUCUCUGGCAAAGACGGGAUGGAGGAUCUGGAGCUCCCUAACAUCAAACGUAGGAAGCUUCAGGAUAAGAAGGUGGAGGACAAGAAGGAGUUCACGAAUCAGUCUGACAGCGAAUCAGACAAAGAUGACGGACAUCUCAAAAUCAAAGGGAAGAAGAAGUGCCUCCGUGGGUCAGAUGAUGAUGAUGAUGAUGAUCUUGAUCUGUCUGACAUGAGCGAUGACGAGGGUGGAGACUCAGAUGAUGACGACGACGAAGGGGCCGCCACUGUUCCUGAGCCAAUGUCCUCCGCUGCUCUGAUAAAGCUGGCAGAGGGAGACGAGGAUCUGGUGGAGGACCUGGAGCUGUCUGAUGAUGACUGAGGUUCAUGGAUGCGCACACUUAAGCUCUCCACCUUAACAACCAUCUAUAUUUAGAAUAAUAUUGUACUUUUUGCCAUUUUCCUUGCUUUUGAAUGUUGUAUUACUUCACCUGUACAGUACAAACAUGUACUAAAAUAUUAAAGAAUCCAGAUUGUUUCCUUAA